UGGGGAUUCUUUCGUAUUAUGAUAAUUAAUGAUCAUUCCCCCCUUUGAACUCUUUCGUCAAAUGAUCUUGAAUCUAUUACACUGAAAAGCAAAAAGCGAAGAGGAAAAAAAAGAAGCAAGAUGAUAGAAACAGACCCAGAAACAGCAGAAGAAACGGAAACCACUUACAACACUCCGCCCGCUCCAUCCCUCCUUUCCUCAUUCUUUCCCGAUGGAUUCCAAGACAAAGAAAAAGAAGAAGAAGAGGAAAAGAGGUCUCUGAGUCUUAAUCUUAAUCUUGUGAGUGAUGAGCAUAUACGUCAGCUAUGUCGAGAUAAAGAGCUCUCGAGCACAGGGGAUCGAGAGAGGGAUAUUGAAAGAUUGAGGGAAUGCGAGAAAAUCGAGAAAGAACAACAGCUUCAAAAUCAUAUGGGGGAAGUGAUGUGUAUUAAGGAGGCGACGACGAGGAUGUUAUCAGUUGGGAGCAGCACGAUGGGAUCGGAUUCUGGGGAUCGGGGACAAGAAGAAGAAGAGGAGAUGGAAGAGAUAGAUUGGAUGGCGCCUGAAGUGUCGGCGGCGGAGAUUAGGAAGGAAUGUUUGGCCAGAACCCCGAAAAUUCAUAUCCCGAGGAGAGUUCUGGCGGCGGAGGUGAAGGCUACGUUUGGUGCGAUGUUGAUGGAUCUGGAUAGGUUGGAGAGGGAGAGAAGGCAGAGCAUUCGCAGGGCGGGGUUGGACAUGUCUGACACGUUGAGGGAAUAUUUGACGUAUUUGGAUGGGAUUGACGGGCGUGAGGCUCCUGCUUCGCUGGGAAUGGGAGAAGUGGAGGACGAAGGGGGAGAUGUGGAAAGUUUGGUGGAAUCGCGGGAGCUUGGAGCGAUAGGAGGAAGAAGUGAGGAGGAAAACGAGACGUUUGUUGUUAAAGAACCGUCGGAGGAAGGACAGGAAACUAUGGAUAAAGAGGGUCAGCAGGAACAAGGAGAGACAACCAACGAUGAAGUCUCGAAGAAUGUAAACCCUGCGGAGGACAUCACGGCCGCAUUCAUAAAAUAUAUGCGCAGAUAG